GCCGCAGCCAAAAGCGGUCGCCCUCCCGUGGAGACAUGCAGGCUGCACUUAUUAAAUGUCGCAUCCAGGCAGUGAGAGUGGAGUGAGCUCAUUUUCGUUGCUCUCUCCGGGCAAAGCUCCUUCCCACUCGCUCGCUCGCUCGGCCUGAAGGAGCCGCUCUUGAAGGCCUGGGCGCUAGCUCACGGCCGGCAAUGUCGGCCAUUGUGCCCCCGCCGCCGGCAUUCCCGCCCCCGCAGGUGAUGUCGUACGGCGUGGCCGAGGGGGCGGCGGCAACGAGCGGCUCCUACGGUCCGGUGAUCGCCAUGCUGGCCAUCCUCGCCGUGCUCGCGGCGGUGGCCGUGGCCGUGGGGCGGCUCUGCUUCGGGCGCCGCGCGCUCGGCCGGGCCGGCGGCCACGACCUGGAGGCCUGGGUGGAGCGGAAGUGCGGGCCGUGCGUGGGCGCCGGCGUGCACUCCUCCGCCCCCGCCGGCGACCAGGCGAAGCAGGCGGAGGGUGACGACACGGCGGAGCUGCAGGAGCAGCCGCCUGAAGGAACGGAGCCAGGGGAGUGCAGUGGCAGUGGCAGUGCUGGUCGGUCCUGACCCCUGAGACCAAUUGCUCUUGCUGCACACUGUAAAUGGUUCCCUCAUUCUUCUCUUCGAAUUCGUUUUGGAAUUUUUCAAGUGGUAGCUAGCAAUCUCUACGUAGUACCGUAUUUGGAGCCUACGUUUUCCUCUUAGAAUUCCGUGGGAGCGAGAGUCGUGAUGUGUGUGCUGAUUUGGUGAUUUGGAGCCUCCAGCGAAUGCCAUGCGAAACAGGGCAGAUUUGAUGUUUGAUUGAUGCUCAAAUCACCGUGUCUAAAAAAUAUAUUUGCCGUGUCUCA